GACUCCCACACUCAUAAGUGCGUUAUCAGAUUCAUUUUCAACGGCUUACACAAAUGUAUUAAGAUAUUAGAUUUUAGAUCAUAAAUCAUUUUUCAUCAAACAACAAAAGGAAAUAUGCAUCUUAGCAAUCAAAAUCAACUUUAGACACAUUUAAGAAAGGAAAUAUGCAUUUCACAAAUUGAAAUCAAUUCGGAACGCUUGGUAAGUGACAGAUAUUCGCUGUUUCGAAGACUAUCAUCGACCGUGAUCUCUGGCACAGUAUGACCACUGGGAGAAACAAGCAUCUGAAAGAGACACACCCAUGUCCAUUCAUCUCAUAGUUAUUGGGAAGCAAUGAAUGCGUUUCGAUCAUUUAUUAAGUUGAAAUGAAACGAAUCCCUGUUGGUGUAACUACCACUUAAUAAAACGGAUGGAAUUAUAGUCUUUAUGACAUGUUUAUAGAUUUCCCAACAGAAUUCAUCAAAAAACAUUAUUCCCACGCAAAGACAGUCUGAGUGUCGUCUUAGCAGAGAUUGAAAUGUAUAAAUACUGGCUGGACUAGUCUUGGAUUGAUAUCGCCAACAUUCCAUUUUAUAGGGCUAACUUUUGCGUUGCUGCUUUUUUUCUGUAAAACUAAAGGUAAUGAAAAUCCACACAAUACGACAGACUUACAGUGUUACUGUCAUCUUCUUCAUCGUCGCUAGUGUCUACACAGAGGCCACCUUCACCCGCUCGCUGUGUGAAGGCAGAUGUGAAUCCUCCACCCCACAUCUACAAACACUUAAGGAUAUGUGGCAUAAAAUGUCAAAACGGAUAGGAAAACAGGAUAUGUCAUUUGAGGCGUUCGUGACGUCAUUGGUGGCAGCUUCGGAGCGGUAUACCUGGCUGAAGCCAGUACGUGGAGACCUACUCGGAAUGAUAGCCAAAUACCAGGACUGUGUUAAAGCUUGUGAACACCAACACAGCAAGAGGACUUCCGAAAGAGCAUCCGAUUCAUAUGUCCGACCGGCACUAUGUUUAACGAAGGAUUUCUGCCUUUAGCUGAUGUAUCUAUGGUUACCAAGAACUGUCAUUACAUUUUUUAAAAACGAAACUAAAUUGCAAGCAAAAAGUUAACAUUUAAGUAUAGCUGAAAAGGAAAGUAAUAUCUAGAAAAAUCUAAAGAAAUGGAAAUGUAAAAAUGUUUGUAUUACGUAUUAUGCUUUAUAAGCUUUUACUGAAACAUUCAGCUAAUAUUCAUCUCUCCAUUUCAAUUUGUUAUAUGUGUAACAAUGCUGCUGUAAUUCCACAUCACUAUACUGUUUGUAACUAUAACAUGAACUAGUUUUUGCUAAAUUUGCAAAGUUGCUCAUUGCAAAAAAAUAUCGAAAUUUUAUAUAUCUGAUAAAGCAGUAGAAAAGACAUGACUUCAUGCACGAUUCUUUUACAAACAAUGAACUUGGUAAAUGAUAUAAAGUUGUGCGAUAUCGUUAUUAAAGUAAAUGUGAUCCGCUGAGAAACAAAUGUCUCUAUUACAGUACUAGUACCUCGUAUGCGUGAAUUGAGGUAAUGUAAUAAGUCAGCUGUAAGAAAAGAACCCAGGUCUCUAAGUAAGGAAGUCGAUUCGCAAAAUAAUAAAGUGACACAAACUAGAUUUUUCAUUCAGUUCAGCAACUUUUGUACACUGAACUCCAAUUUCAUCUCAUAUUUCCAAAUUAUUGAAAUAAAAGAAAAAGUCUUGAUAUGA